GUCAAGGCUAAGCUCGCAGGCACCAAUGUCAUUUCCAGCACGCCGUACACAGCGGAAGUAAGUGCAGACAACGUGCGCUACGAAGCUAAUGUAAAUGUAAACAUUAGAAAAUGGGAUCCUAUGUAACAAUGAUACUGAGACUUCGGUACUAUGGACAGUGACUACUUUUCUUUGCUGCCAGCGGUCUGUGUGGCCCUGGCCGACCCAAAGCAGUCUCCACCCGAUGACACCUCUUUAGAGAAGCUGCUGGAUUGGUUUAAAGAGCUGCCCAGCCAAAGUAAUGGAGAGUGUCUUGUUCAGCAGCAGCCAUGCCUCUUGGACUUCAUAUCCAGUGUACUUAAAUGUAAAACUACAGAUCCUGCUAUCCUGUCUUUCACCCUCAAACUCACUGGACUUUUGGCGGCCACCAAAAAAGGCUUCCGCUUGCUUGAGAAGGCAGAUCUGUUGGUGUGUGUAUUUGAGCGGGAAGGCUGGUGUGUGCGUGAUAUAUGGGAAGAUGCCUCAGUGCGCAGUGGUUGGCUACAGGGACUGUUGAAUAUGCUGAAACAUCAGCAAGCCCUGGAGUUCAUCUGUGAAAAAGUACUCAUCAAAGUGAUUCUCCAUCUGCAGAACGACAGGAGUUUGUUUGUCUCCUCUUUGGCAAAGCUGGUUUUAGUGCAUAUCCUAAACCUUCUCACAUCCUCAGAGAUUACCAACAGCAGUGAUGCUUCUAUGAGCCCUGGUUGGGUCUCUGUCACCUCUGAGAUUAAUGGUGCCGUGGUUGAGUCGCUGAACUCAGAGGAACAUCCUCUGGUCCUCCAGGGCUUACGGCUACUCUCAUUGGUUCUUUCUCAGUGUGGAGAACCUGUGAGAAGCAUGCUAUGGAAAGAUGUGUUAGGACCUCUGGAGAUCUUGAUUAACAGGGGAUCUGAAUCAUUGACGCAGCCUCUUAUGACUGUCCUCCAAGCUGCUGUGAAAACAUCUUUGCUCAGCCAAUCUGAGUGUAAAGUGGAGGAACUAUUGGAAAGCAUAUUGGGUUCUGGAAAUGGAAAGGAACGUUUCCAGUGUGCUGCAUUAAUCAUAAAGAUGGAGAACUGUCCUGAGGCUUUAAUGAGGAAGGCCAUCAAUAUAAUCUUACAUCCCCUGCCAUGUGUGUCAACACAAUCUCAAGAUUCUGCAAAGGAGAUAAAUGUAGUCCUAGAGGAGCAGCUAUCCCAGAAGGCCUCGUGUAUUUCCCUGCUCAUGCAGAGUUUAUCUGGCAUAGAAGAUCUGGCACACAAUAAAUACAUCUUUAAAAACAUUUCCAUUCGAUCAGUCACCUCCUCUGUGAUGGUACUUCUGAAGAUUUGCUCUGGACAUUGCCCCUCCUCUACACUGCAUAUUAAUGCUUUUACUCACAUGAUUGGCUGCUUCAAGGUUCAGAGGUGUGGCCUGGAUACAUUAGGUGCCCUCAGCGUAUAUGAAGAAAAUAUGGAUAUAAGGCAGGAGGUAUUAGCUGUCCUCUUGGAGUAUCUACAAAGCCCAGAUUCCCAUGCCACAGUCUUGAAGAAGGCAUUUUUGGCCACUGUGAGGUGGAUUGGUGUGUGUUCACCUUUCCCAGAUCUGCUGCAAUUUAUUAGUCAUGACCUCUUCCCUGUAUUGGAGAAACGCAUGUGUGAUCUGCGAUGGGAAGUGAGAGAUUCCACACUAGAGUUCAUCACCCAUUUGACCACUGCCCUUUAUGGUAACAGUGGUUACACUGAAGCUCUGCACACCAGUGGCAUGGUCUCUGUUCUUCUCUCCUCAUUGGCAGAUGUAGAAGGCUAUGUGAGAGCUAGUGCUGUCAUUGCUGUAGGAGAGGCAAUUACCUCCUCCUUUCAGCAGGGAGAACUUAUUAACAAUACCAACCUGCUGGUCAAGGCUUUGACCCAACUGAUGACCAUUCUCUCUGAGGACACAGAGGGCUUCCCGCGUAGAGCUGUGGUCAAAGUCUUCACAUCAUGGCUCAAAAGGCCACACCCCAUUACAGCCUUGGACCAAUCCCUGAGCGCCGCCCUGUCACUGGGAGGCAACGACUUUGACUGGGAAGUCAAAAUGCACACGCUGGAGCUAGCAGAGGUGCUGAUGGAAAAGACACUAACUUGCUGUCCAUACACAGUCCAGAUCUAUGGUUCCUCUGAGAAGACACACUUGACGCAAGCGUUGAGCAAACUGAAAGAAUAUGGGCUGUUUGACUUACUGUUUAACAGUUUGUUUGAUUGUGACAGACCAGUGUGUGAGAAAGCUUGUUCACUCUUGCUUAAACUCAGAACACUUAUAUUUGAGACUGCAGACUUUGAUCAAGGUGUUCUUGUAUUGGCUGUAUGUGGGAGCAGAUGGGGAGAUGAGGUUCAAAGUAUACACCUCAACAAACUACAUGCAGAAGGCUCUCCAUGUGUAGCAAAUGGACUCAACGCAUCUGUUCAGAGAAUGGACGCCAUCAAAGACAUGAGCCUAACCAGGAUACUCCAGUUACUAGAUCUCAACGAGAUGCAGAGGACAUUGUCCUUGAGUAGUGAUCAUGUGAUCAAUUCACCCCGAUCACUAAUGGAAGAUAUUCUUACUGCAGCCCAGCAGAGUGAGGAGAAUAUUGUAGAUUGCUAUUGAUAAUAUUCUGUGGAACAGUGUUUAAACUUUUUUAAGGUAGUGUAAGCUUUACAAUACUCAGCAAACAAUUUAAUAAAUUAUAUCAAAUUUGA